CCCAGAAUCUUCAUUUAUUGAGUUCUUCAUUCCCUGGCUGCUACUUUCUCCGUGGCAGUAGCUUUUUCCAGCUCCAAGAUGGCCCUUCUGGUCCCCAAGGCUCCCUGGCCAGUCACUCUGAUGGGGUUUCUGGUGUUGUGGAGCAACUCCAUGGUCUGGAGCAGGGCAACUCCAGAGAAUUACGUGUAUCUGGGACUGCAAGCGUGCUAUGCGUUCAACGGGACGCAGCGCUUUCUGGAGAGAUACAUCUACAACCGCGAGGAGUACGCGCGCUUCGACAGCGAGGUCGGGAAGUUCAUCGCGGUGACCGCGCUGGGCCGGUCGACCGUCGAGCACUGGAACAGCCAGGAGGACUACCUGGAGACCGCGCGGGCGGCGGUGGACACCGUGUGCAGACACAACUACGAGGGUGACGAGGGCUUCACCCUGAAGCGCCGGGUCCAGCCUAAAGUACACGUGUCACCCUCCAAAAAGGGGUCCCUGGAGCACCACGACAUGCUUGUCUGCCACGUGACAAGUUUCUACCCAGGAAACAUUGAAGUCAGAUGGUUCCGCAAUGGCCAGGAGGAGGAGGAUGGGGUGGUGUCCACAGGCCUGGUACACAAUGGAGACUGGACCUUCCAGAUCACGGUGAUGCUGGAAAUGACCCCCCAACAGGGAGACGUCUACACCUGCCACGUGGAGCACCCCAGCCUGGACAGUCCUGUCACCGUGGAGUGGAAGGCGCAGUCUGACUCCGCGCGCAGCAAGACACUGACUGGCGUCGGGGGCUUCGUGCUAGGGCUCAUCUUCCUUACGGUGGGCAGCAUCAUGCGCGUGAGGAGCAAGAAAGCUCCUCAAGCACCUAGAUAAGGUGGUAAGCAUGUUCAUUUAUCCCCAGGGGCUGGGUUGUAGAAUUGAAGUCUUUUUGUGUGCAUGCUGUGACUAU